AUGGGCACUGCCGACUCGCCCUCACAAUCAAGCGAUUCUCAGGGUAUUAUCCCUCGCGCAAUGAACACCCUCUUCAAUUAUAUAAAUUCCGCGCAAUUCAGAUCUCGUAAAUUUCAAAUGAAAGUCUCGUUUAUCGAGAUUUAUAACGAAGAAUUAAUAGAUCUGCUUGCAGAAGGUGAUGAAGACAGCAGACCACAAGUAGUCAUCAGAGAGGACUCGAAAGGAAAUAUUUUGUAUUCGGGAGUGCACGAGAUUCGAGUUAACAGUGUUGAGGAGGUUAUGGGUCAUCUGGCUCGUGGCUCACUAGUUCGUCAAACUGGUGCAACAGACAUGAACGCUCAAUCCUCCCGUUCGCAUGCGAUAUUUUCUGUCACACUCUCUCAACAAAAGUUAAUCUCGCCAACGUCUCCACAGUCAGCAACCCGCCCAUCGACACCAACAAGAAUUGGAACAUCAUCAAGAGCAGGCUCGAGAAUGAGCAAGAGAUUUGAUGAUGGUGAUUGGGUUCAGCUUACGAGUAAAUUUCAUUUCGUCGACUUGGCUGGAAGUGAACGGCUAAAACGUACAUCAGCAAUAGGUGAUCGUGUGAAAGAAGGUAUCUCUAUCAACUCUGGUCUCCUUGCUCUUGGAAAUGUGAUCUCCGCCCUUGGUGAUCCCAACAAAGCGAAGCAUACCACUCAUAUCCCAUAUCGGGAUUCCAAACUCACUCGACUUUUGCAAGACUCUCUCGGUGGCAAUGCUCAAACGCUCAUGAUUGCUUGUGUUUCCCCGGCAGAGUACAAUCUCGCCGAAACUAUAAACACAUUAAAAUAUGCCAAUCGAGCACGAAACAUCAAGAAUAACGCCGUAGUCAACCAGGAAGAAUCCGGAUGGAAUGAUGUUGAGCAUCUUCAGGGAUUG